AUGGCGGAAAUUACUCAAUUGACUCGUCACAUUGAGUCAUACAUUGACACCUCCUCUUCUGAUGAGGAUGCAAGCUUGAACGCUAUUGUAUCUCUCGUUAAAACCGAUGUCUUACCUCUAAGGGCGCUGGUUACGAAACUGGAAAUGUAUCUGACCGCAACCGAUGAUGAUAUUCGUGGAAGAGGAAUUCUUCUUCUAGCAGAGGUGAUCACUCGCAUUGAAUCAAAACCUCUUGACAGUGCCACUAUACAUAUCUUGGUGGGGUUCUUCAAGGACAGACUGGCAGAUUGGAGAGCAGUCCGAGGUGCACUUGUGGGUUGCUUGGCACUGAUAAGGAGAAAAAGUGUUUUGGGUAUUGUAACUAGUAGUGAUGCUAAGGCCAUUGCUCAGUCUUUUUUCCAAUACAUGCAAGUUCAAUCUUUAGGACAGUAUGACAGGAAGCUAUGUUUUGAACUACUUGAUUGCCUGCUAGAACACUACUCUGACAUGGUUACUACACUGGGAGAUGACCUUAUAUAUGGAAUUUGUGCAUCCAUAGAUGCAGAGAUGGAUCCAGAAUGUUUAAUGCUUGCUUUUCAUGUUGUUGAGUCUUUGGCACGAUUAUAUCCUGAUUCAUCUGGUCCACUUGCAAGCUUUGCCAAAGAUGUUUUUGACAUUUUAGAACCGUACUUUCCCCUUCGCAUUACACAUCCAAAUAAUGGAGAUACUCAUGAGCAAAGAGACAACCUGUCAAGGUCUCUAAUGAUUGAGUCCCUAAAAUAUCUUACAGUGUGCUCUUCCAAGUACGGGGCAGAGAGAAUUGCAAAAUAUGCUAAGUCUAUUUGGUCCUCAAUAAAAGACACACUAUUGAAAUGUUUGGGGGAGUCAGAUUUUUCUUUAAAUAUUGCACCUGUAGAUGGUAUUGGAUUCCCAGAGAAUGAAUUUGAGAUGGAAGCUCUGUCCCUCCUCCAGCAGCUAAUUGUGCAAAAUAGCAGUUUGAUAGUUAGCUUAAUAAUUGAGGAUGAUGAUGUGAACAUUAUUUUCAACACCAUUGCCUCUUAUGAGAUAUAUGAUGCUAUUCCUGUGCCAGAAAAGAAGAAACUGCAUGCUAUUGGUCGUAUUCUGUAUAUUACUUCCAAGACUACCAUUACUUCUUGUAAUGCGGUGUUUGAAAGUUUUUUCUCCAGAAUGAUGGAUAAUUUAGGAUCUUCUUUUAAUAAUAUUGAUAGCUUUCCAAAUGGUGAUACUUCCCCCUCUCAGAGAGUCAAGUUUGGAUUCCUUUAUCUCUGCAUUGAACUACUUGCAGGAUUCAGGGAGUUAAUUGUUGGGUCUGAGGAACCAGAACUGCUGUAUGCUAUUGAGCAUGAGACAUGUUGUACUAUGCUUCAUAGUUUUUCAUCUUCAUUAUUUAAUGCCUUCGGAUCAGUCUUGGCAGCAAGUGCUGACAGAUGCCCCCUUGAUCCAGAUAUAUGCAUUGGAGUGAAGGGUUUGCAGAUACUUGCUAUGUUUCAUUCAGAUGUUUUUUCAAUACAACAAUCAAUAUUUGAGAAUAUCUUGAAGAAACUUAUGUCAAUUAUCAUUGAAGAUUUCAACAACAAAAUAUUAUGGGAAGCCGCAUUGAAAGCAUUGUAUCAUAUUGGCUCCUUUGUUCACAAGUUUCACGAGUCUGAAAAAGCUGUGUGCUACAGGAGUUUAGUUGCAGAAAAAAUUGUGGAACUUCUGUUUCUUGACGAUCAUCCUGUGCCCUUUUCAUUCAAAGUGGAAGCAUUAUCUAAUAUAGGCAUGACUGGAAUAAAAAAUAUGCUAACAUGUCUUCAAGGGUUGAGAGGAGCUGUAUUUGCCAAUCUAUCCAAGGUUUGUGUACGUAUGACCCAUGAAAAUGGUGGUUUAGAGGACUUUGCAGUGCAGUUUGUUGUGGAUAUUUGGAGUCAAGCAGAAAAUUGCAUAGUUUUUGAUACCCUGCUCAAGGAAAAGGGUCUUCUUGAUGCAUUAAUGAAAGCAAUGAAACUUUCUGUAGGGAGUUGUUCUGUGGAGAACCAAAAUCUUAUAAUUCAAAAAGCUUACAGUAUACUAUCAUCACACUCUAACUUUCAGCUUAAAGAAGUGGAAAGGGUACUACUAUCUCCUGAAAAAUAUGACAUUUCCCUUAGAGAUGAAGGGCUAAUUUCAUUAUUUGCGUCAGUAGUUAUUGCAGUCUGCCCCAAAACACUCAUUCCAAAUCUAAGAGUACUUGUGCAUCUAUUUAGAGUAGUACUCCUCAGGGGUAUUGUUCCAGUUGCACAGGCCUUGGGUUCAAUACUUAACAAAUUAGUUUCAACAUCCAACAGUGCAGAGAACUCCAGUGAUCUUACCUUGGAAGAAGCUCUGGAUAUUAUAUUCGAUACAAAAAUAUGGUUUUCUAGUACUGAUAUGUGGCAGCAAUGUAAUGGAACAAGUAAUGGGAAAGAAGUAACUCUUACUGAUAUAUGCCUGGGCUUUGCCAAUGAUAAAUUGCUUCAAAUCAAUGUCAUUUGUGGGCUCUCAUGGAUAGGAAAAGGUUUACUUCUACGAGGUCAUGAAAAGAUUAAAGAUAUCACUAUGACUUUUAUUGAGUGCUUAAUAGGCACAAACACUGCCUUGCCUUUGAUGAAAGAUUCCCUUGAAAAUACUGAAGAGCAAAUUCAGGAUACUUUAGUGAUGAAAUCUGCUGCUGAUGCUUUUCAUGUUUUAAUGAGUGACUGUGAAGUUUGUUUGAACAGGAAGUUUCAUGCCACAAUACAGCCUCUAUAUAAGCAGAGAUUUUUUUCCUCAAUGAUGCCUAUCUUUCUGCAGUUGAUUACAAAAGCUUACUACCCAUUGUCGAGAUCAUUUUUGUAUCGAGCUUUUGCACAUAUCUUGUCUGAUACUCCUAUGGUUGCUGUACUAAGUGAUGCUAAAAAGCUUAUACCAGUUCUACUGGAUUGUUUGUCCGUGUUGACAGAAGAUAUUCAAGAUAAAGAUAUGCUGUAUGGCCUGUUGCUAGUCUUAUCUGGGAUAUUGACAGAUAAAUAUGGACAAGAUGCUGUCAUUGAGAAUGCCCACAUUAUCAUCAAUUGCCUGAUUAAGCUUGUGGAUUACCCUCAUAAGAUGCUUGUUCGAGAGACCGCUCUUCAAUGUCUUGUUGCCUUAUCUGAGCUGCCCCAUGCCCGAGUCUAUCCUAUGAGGACACAGGUUCUUCGAGCAAUAUCGAAGUGUCUUGAUGAUACAAAGAGAUCUGUUCGUCAUGAAGCUGUCAAAUGUAGGCAAACAUGGGCGUCAAUGUCAUCCAGGAGUCUUCAUUUCUGA